UUACAUGUUACGUUAUUUUCGUUUUUUUCAGUAAAGAAAGAAAAAUCAUUAGAUGAGUAUAUUAUUUAAUUAAGAAAAAUCUUCCACGACUGUAUAAUCGGGUAAUUUUCAAACAACGGAAAUUAAUUAUUAAAUCGAAUUGUAAUUAACCUUCAAGAGUUACAUAAUAAAAGAAUUUUUAUGAUUUUUAUCUUCUAUUUAUAACCUAAAAAAACGUUAUCAUCGUUUUUAUCGCAUUGCUCAAAUAAAAAUAUAAACAUGACCAUGAGCUCUAAAGUGCCAUUUUUUGAAUUCUAUAAUGGACAUAAAAUGCCAAUGUUUGGCCUCGGGACAUAUUUGUCCAAAGAAGGAGAAGUUGUAGAAGCAGUAAAAUUUGCAAUUGAUACUGGAUAUCGUCAUAUCGACACUGCACUUUUAUAUGAGAAUGAAAAAGAAGUUGGAGAAGCGAUUCGAGAAAAAAUUGCUGAAGGUGUCGUUAAACGUGAAGAACUGUUUAUUACAACAAAGUUAUGGAAUAAUUGUCACGAAGAAAAACAAGUUGUUCCCGCCUGUAAACAAUCAUUGAAGAAUUUGGAUCUGAAUUAUGUUGAUCUGUAUCUCAUCCACACGCCAAUGACUUAUAAGGCAGGAGAGGAUUUAAAACCAAAAGACGCGGAUGGAAAUUUAAUUUUACCUGACACUGAUUAUUUGGAAACAUGGAAAGGAAUGGAAGAAUGCAAUCGUUUGGGAUUAGCUCGAAGUAUUGGCGUAUCUAAUUUUAAUUCAGAGCAAAUUACCAGACUCAUGGAAAAUUCGACAAUAAAACCCGUUAACAAUCAAAUUGAAGUUAACAUAAAUCUGAAUCAAAAGCGAUUGAUUGAAUUUUGUAAAGCAAAAAAUAUAAGCAUCACCGCAUAUUCGCCAUUGGGGCGUCCAGGAAAUCGUCAUGGUAUCAACAAUUCUUUGGAUCAUCCGAAAAUUCUCGAAUAUGCAAAAAAAUACGGAAAAACACCCGAGCAAAUUGCUUUUAGAUUUUUAUUACAAGAGGGUGCUGUUCCCAUACCAAAAUCAGUGACAAAAUCACGUAUAAAAGCGAAUUUUGAUAUAUUCGAUUUUGAAUUAACAGCCGAGGAAAUGAAAGUAAUCGAAACUAUUGGAACUGGCGAGAGACUCUGUUGUUUCACUGAGGCAAAGAAAAGCAAAUACUAUCCAUUCAAUAUUCCUUUCUAUAUAGAGGAAACCAAAAAAACCACAAAAAUGGUACCUUUCAUCGAAUUUAGCAAUGGAAAAAAAAUGCCGGCAAUCGGCCUUGGAACAUUCUUGUCCAAGCCGAGCGAAGUGGAAGAAGCAGUCAAGCAUGCCAUUGAUUUGGGAUACAGAUGCAUAGACACGGCAUUUUUUUAUCAAAAUGAAGAUGAAAUCGGAAAAGCAAUUCGAGCGAAAAUUCAGGAUGGAACCAUUAAAAGAGAAGAUAUUUUUGUCACUACAAAGCUUUGGAAUACAUUUCAUAGUGAAAAUCAAGUCGUUCCAUCUUGUAGGGAAUCUUUAAAAAAUCUCGGUUUGGAUUAUGUCGAUCUUUAUUUAAUGCAUUUUCCAAUUUCCUUUAAGGAAGGAACUGAAUUAUUUCCAAAAGAUUCUGAUGGAAAAAUAUUAGCGACUGAUAUUGACUAUUUAGAAACUUGGAAGGGAAUCGAGGAAUGUUCCCGUUUGGGACUCGCAAAAAGUAUUGGCGUCAGUAAUUUUAAUUCUGAACAAAUAACAAGAUUACUGGGAGCAGCGACGAUAAAACCAGUCAAUAAUCAAGUGGAACUUAACAUAAAUAUAAAUCAGAAGAGAUUGAUAGAAUUCUGUAAGAAUCAUAAUAUAACGAUAACGUCAUACAGUCCUCUGGGAAGACCCGGUUCGACCGCAACUUUUGGAGACAAAGAAAUUCCGAAUUUUUUAGCUAAUCCAAAAGUCAUUGAAAUUGCCAAAAAAUAUAAUAAAACACCAGCGCAAAUUUCCCUACGUUUUAUUCUCCAACUUGGUGCUGCUGUUAUUCCAAAAUCAGUAACAAAAUCGAGAAUCAAGGAGAAUUUUGAAAUUUUAGAUUUUGAAUUAACUGCGGAUGAAAUGAAAAUUCUCGAAUCUUUGGAAACUGGAAAACGAAUUGUAACAAUGGAUGAAUUAAAAAAUCAUAAGUACUAUCCUUAUGGAAUUCCAUUUUAAUUGUACGAAAAAAGAAGAAGGAGAAUAUAUAGCCAGCUCAAUUAAAAUUGCAAACGUUUUGGAAACAUAAUUGUAAUUGUACAUUUUACAAUGCCUAUUUUUUUUCAAUUGUCGCUUAUUAUUGCUUAUUAUCUAAAUAAGCAAAUAAAUAAUUUUAUAAUUUAAUUUUUAUUCAUAAAAAUUGUUUAUUUACUCACAUUUAUUGUUUUGUCUGUUACUUUUACCGCACAUUUAGUGUGAAUGUCACUUUAAUCGCAACUGAAAUAAUAAUAAACGAGAAGAAUAAAUAAAAAGACAAUAAA